AUGCUGAUGGACAUGUUGGCCGCCAAUCCCACUACCACCGCCGCCGCCACAACUAAUGCCUCCUUCCUCCACAAGCCACUCUCCCUCCUAGGCUCCGUCUUGCGGGGCCAAACCCCCUCCCCUGACAUGUCCACAACAACAACAACACACAAUAUCCCUCCGGCCGACCAUUCUUCCUCUCGCCCUGCUUCUGCCGGCAGCGACACCACUGCCGAAAAGGUCAAAAAGCCCUCGCGCCGCUCAAAGACGUCCUACAACAUCGCCCGCCCCAUAAACACUCGCUCAAAGCGCCACGUCCACCUCCAGCUACACCAGGUCAUUGCUUCGCAGCGCCCCAAGCCUGCCUACGACGUCGUCCCCUUCUCCCUCCUCCCUCAGCGCUCCACUCGUCGCAUUGCCCACUUGUUCAACACCAAAGAGCGAUUAGGCCCCCACGACCUCCUUGUUGUCAAGGCCGGAGCCUACACCUCGCAAGAUGAGCAGGAAAAGUCGCGCCACGAUGACUGGGCCUCGCGCGAUGUCGUCGGCGUCCUGAGCACACGCAAAAGCGACAACGGCCUUACCGAGACAACCGACAUCUGCAUCAGCGAUGGCUUCAGUCGCUGGUCAGUCGCAGACAUGCCCAAUGGAGGCUACGAAUUCACCUCCACCGACGAGCAUGCUGUUGCACUCAAGGCACGCUGGGUACUCAAGCCUGCACAUGCCCGUCGCACCUCGGCCUCGGUAUUCACUGCGCCCGCGCCAGAGGACAAAAAGUUCACAUUCAGCACAAUCAGCUCCGACUCGAGGCGACACCCCAUCAUCGCCACAAUGACACGCAGCCGCAUCGACGUCAUGGACACAUACACCAUUCCCUCGGCCACCUCUCCUCCAACCCCAAACGCAUCCUCGUACACCCAAUCGCCUACAACACCUCUCAGCAUCGACUCCGAUUCCUUUGCUGACGCCCUUGCCGAAAAGCUUCCCAUUGAAACAAAUGAAGCCCUCCGCAACCUCAUACUAGUGUCUGGCGUCUGGCUUGCUUCGAGAGAAUUUGCCUCGGACGGCUCCAGCCUAGCCACCAUUCCAGCCCUGACUCGGAGCAAUUCAGUCCGCCAGGCCGCUCAUCGCGCAUGUUCAAUGUCUAUGCUCGAAGGCCCUCGCUCACCAUCGCCAGCCUCAACAGUCGAAGAGAAGCGUCGUUCGUUUCCACGAAUGUUCAAGGCCAGCAUCGAAGGACUGUCCCAUGCACACGCUGAUGCUCCUCCCUCUCCUGCUUCCACUAAAACAGCGGUCAAGGGCUCCCCGGUGGUCACAACACGUGCACGGAGAGCAAACUCAACUGGCACUGCGACACACAGCAUCACUGGCAGUGCGAGAAAGAGAUACGGUCUAGCUUUCGAAGACGAGACUCUGGUGGAAAGCACAGAAGAGCGCCAGAUGAAGCGCAGCAUAGAGUUACUUCGUAUUAGAGAGCUACAACUUCCUUCUCCCAUAGAGCGUCCAUCUGUUGAGACAUCUCGACCAUCUCUCAACCAGAUUCCUUCUCCUGUCGUUAUACCUCCUUCUCCAGUAGAGCCGACCUCGCCUGCACCGUUGCUCGACUCGCCCUUGCUCUCCCCGUCUCUCCCGGACACGAAGCGACCACGAAAGACGCAAUCUACCUAUGCACCCAUUACAACAACCGGCAUGUGGGAUUCUGGAGUUGUCGAUGGUCCCGGCCUAAAGAAACGCCCUACCAGCAUGUUUGUCAUGAAUGAAAAGAAGCGCAAGCAAGAGAAGAAGGGCGACCGAAGUAAAAGCAAGGAUUCAAAGACGAGGAAGGGCGAACAGAGCAGCGAUGACGGCAUGGGCGUCAAGAGAAAGAGCGACUGGUAUGUGUACAAGAUCAAGCUUCGCCUCAAAGACAUGUUUCAUCACAAGGAGAGGGCUUAA